CGCAGCACUUAUUAAAUGCAAGACAACAUCCUAUACAUGGAUAGCUUUCAUGUCAUACUCGGACAACAUCCAGCAUUCUGAACUGUCAACACGCAUGUGAAUUUUAUAAACCAAAAUCAUCUACAUCUUUAAUGCGCUGAAUUGAAUAGUAACCUUUCCGGUAAAUGGGAUCAAUAUAAGAAGGCACCGUAACAAGCCAAUUAGCCUAUUCGAUUUUUCUUUUGAAAUCGAUUGCAAAACAAUUGAAGCAAUUUGGAGGACAUCUUAUAUCAACGUAAUGACUUGUUUGGCAGGGAAAGUACAGCAAAUGACCGAGAAAGUAAGAACGAAUGAGUUGCCAACAUGCGCAAAUUGUGAUGGAAAAAUCAGAGAAAAGUAUUUCAUGGAGGCAGCCGGAAAAUCCUGGCAUAGUACAUGUCUAAAAUGUGUGAUUUGUCAUGAUGUAUUAGACGACAAAUGUUACUGUAGAAAUGAACAGAUUUACUGUAAAGAUGACUUUCUAAGGGUGUAUGGCACAAAAUGCAGCCGUUGUUGGCAAUCAAUUUUGAAGACGGAUUUGGUGAGAAAAGCGGGAAGUUAUAUUUUUCAUGUUGGCUGCUUCACCUGCGCCAGUUGUCGUAAGCCCCUAGUAACUGGCGAGGAGAUGUUCGCAAUGGGGGCCGGGCGGUUUCUUUGCAAAGAGGACUAUACUUCAUCACAAAAGGAAUAUGACGAUGAUUCUGAAGAUGAAGGAAUCGAAAGUCUCGACAACACAUCUGAUCACAGUACGAUCACAAGCCCCAGCGCAUCAGACAGAGAGUUCAGCUUCACAGAUACCAGUCCGAAACCAGACAUUGGGGCAGAAAAAAAUUCUCACAUACCUGAGGACAAAUCUCAUACCAAUAAGUCACCAAAAAGAGCGUCCAAGUCGUCCAAAACUUCCAUUAUCUCAGGACAAAUUAACAACACCACAACGAGUAAAUUUAGAGAAACAAAUCAAAUGCAGAUUAAAUCAGAAGCUAGCGAUUUAGACUCUAUCAUGGUAUCCGAUGAGGAUUCAAACGAUUCAUUUAAAGACGACUCUACUGCCAACAAGGAGGGAGAGGAAAGUGUGUCCGGCGGCAAUGCAGGCUCGAGAAAAAGAGGGCCAAGGACGACAAUCAAAGCCAGACAGUUAGAUUCACUAAAGGAGCAAUUUGGACUAACUCCAAAGCCCAACAGAGCCGUCAGGGAGCAACUAGCAGAACGCACUGGACUUAGCAUGCGAGUUAUUCAGGUAUGGUUUCAAAAUAGACGAUCGAAAGAGCGCAGAUUAAAGCAGAUCGCGCCAUUGAUGGAGCGGGCGAGGUAUUUCCGUGAUCCACGGACUUUGAGCCGACUGUACCCAGGGAUGUACUGCUCGCGGCAAAUGGACGGCGUACCUGCGCCAAAUGUAACUUUCGGAUACGAAACCCCAUAUAAUCCAGAUAACACUGAACACGUUUACCCUGGGAACAGUUACCAUGGCCUCAACUCAGACAGGACUAGUUGCGACUCCUAUAAUGCCCCGUUCAAUUUUCCGCGAGUUGGCGCUCAGAACUUGAGUUCUAGUUUCACACAGUCUUCACACAAUCCUUCCCAUAUCCAAGCUUCCAUGAUGUCACAUAUACAGUCUCCGUUUGAGGCCAAGGGGAUGACUCUACCGCACAGCAUUGCCAUGAGUUAUGAGACAAUUAGUUGCCAUAGUGAUAAAAGCAUACAAUAGUGACCAUACUGGUAUAACAGUGAAGAUGAUGUUGGCCUUUUUAACAUUUUGGGAGAUACUCGUAUACCACUUGUAUGGCUCAAAACACACAAUUAAUUAUAAUAUACACGAUUAAAGUUAUUUAAAUAUGUAUAUGUAUAUAGUCAGUAUACAAUGUAUAAAUGUGAAUAUUAUUUAAUACAAACAUUAAAGAGUAUUAUAUUCUGUUAUUAAUAAAG